AUGUCGCGUGUGACGGUCUUCCAGAGCCAGCUGCCGGCGCACAACCGGCUCAAGACGCCGUACGAGUCGGAGCUCGUUGCGACGGUGAAGAAGCUGACGACACCUGGCAAAGGCCUGCUGGCGGCGGACGAGUCAAUCGGCUCUUGCAUGAAGCGGUUUGAGCCGAUCGGGCUGAGCAACACCGAGGAGCACCGCCGGCAGUACCGUGCGCUGAUGCUUGAGGCGGAGGGCCUCGAGCAGUACAUCAGCGGUGUCAUCCUGCACGACGAGACGGUUGGCCAGAAGGCGGCGAACGGGCAGACGUUCCCCGAGUACCUGACGACUCGCGGUGUUGUGCCCGGGAUCAAGACGGACAUGGGACUGUGUCCGCUGCUCGAGGGCGCAGAGGGCGAGCAGAUGACGGAAGGCCUGGACGGCUACGCGAAGCGUGCGUCUGCCUACUACAAGAAAGGCUGCCGCUUCUGCAAGUGGCGCAAUGUGUACAAGAUCCAGAACGGGACGGUGUCGGAGGCGGCAGUGCGCUUCAACGCGGAGACGCUCGCGCGCUACGCGAUCCUGUCACAGAUGAGUGGGCUUGUGCCGAUCGUGGAACCGGAAGUGAUGAUUGACGGCAAGCACGAUAUUGACACGUGCCAGCGCGUGUCAGAGCACGUGUGGCGCGAGGUGGUGGCGGCGCUGCAGCGCCACGGCGUUAUUUGGGAGGGCUGCCUUCUGAAGCCGAACAUGGUGGUUCCCGGUGCCGAGUCCGGCAAGACGGCGACACCGGAACAGGUGGCGCACUACACGGUGAUGACUCUUGCGCGCACGAUGCCGGCGAUGCUGCCUGGCGUGAUGUUCCUUUCCGGUGGGCUGAGCGAGGUCCAGGCGAGCGAGUACCUGAACGCAAUUAACAAAAGCCCGCUGCCACGGCCGUAUUUCCUCAGUUUCUCGUACGCGCGCGCGCUUCAAUCUUCUGCGCUAAAGGCGUGGGGUGGAAAGGAGUCUGGCGUUCCUGCCGGACGCCGCGCUUUCUUGCACCGCGCGCGCAUGAACUCGUUGGCGCAGCUUGGCAAGUACAAGCGCGCCGACGACGACGCCUCCACGUCGUCCCUGUACGUCAAGGGCAAUACGUAUUAA